AAUCCACUGUUGCUAAGGCCCGGCCCAAUGCAACCCCUCCGUCCUUUGGUAAAACGAAGCAAACGGUGUAGAAGAUAGAGCUCUUCCUUGCUCUGCCACUGCUCUACCCCCAUCGUCAGCUCAUCACCACCGCCUCUCGAAAACCCGUAUACACAGUAGAACGAAGAAGAGAGAUAGAAAACAUGGGAAGCAGAUUGGGAAGACGAGUGGUCCACAUGGCCAACCUACCAAUCAAGCUGCUAAUGCCCAGCACCUUUACCAACAUCCAAGAGAUCGCCCUCAAGACCAUCCCUUCAGCCUCCAAGAUCGAAAUCAAGCGCGUCCUCGAGUCUCUUUACGGCUUCGAGGUCGAGAAGGUCCGCACCCUUAACAUGGAGGGAAAGAAGAAGAAACGUGGCGGCCUGUUGAUCGCAAAACCCGACUACAAAAAGGCAUACGUGACUCUGAGAAACCCGCUCUCCAUCUCGCCGGAGAUGUACCCGAUUCGGAUAAUCGAGGAGGAUAAGCGGCAGAUGAACAGGCAGUCCAAGUCGAGCGUCGUCGAGGAGGGCGAGGGGAAGAGACACUGGCUCGAUGAGAAGGCUAGGGCCGAGAAAGCGGGUGAGAGAUUUGGCAAUCGAGGUCGUACCGGCCAGCGGGGCGACGUGGCCAAGUUUCCGUGGAGCAGUAUGAGGUCUGCUGCUAGUGCGAGAGUUUUUGCUAACGGAACAUGCAUGCUUGUGUAGUAUACAUUAAAAGUGGGUGAUAUUGAAGAUUGAAGAGUGUAAGCCAUUUGCAAUUCCUAACGUUUUAUCAAAUUCUACGGCAUUAUCAGGAGAUAAGCUCAUGAAGAAAACAGAAAAAUACAUAAUUUGAACUUAAUUUUGAAAUUUACUCUUGA